UUUUAGCUUAGUCUGGAGAAACACGGGGCAGUGCUCCUGGCUUGGUGAGAGCAGGCGGUGGGGGCGGAGGCGGGUGAGCCAGGCCUGGGUGCCAGAGGCCUACUGGACGCCUCUCGGAGCUCACCUGGAGAGGCCCAGGGAAGCACCGGGAGGCCUCGGAAAAGGCCCCGGGAAAGUCAAGGAGCCCAAGGAGGCCCAGAAAGGCACCAGAAGGUCCAGGACGCCUGGGGGAAAGUCUGAGAAGGCUCCGGAAGGCCCGGGGAGGCUCAGGCUUUCGCGCGAGGCCCCUGGGCGGCCCCUCCAAGCCCGGAUGGCCGAGUUGGAGGGGGCCGGACGGGGCGCAGGGACAGGGCCUGAGGCUCGGUGUCCUGCCCCGGCGGCGUCGUGCGUCCCGCGGGCCCAGCGGCCGGGUGACCCCCGAGAGGCUCCGCGCCUGGGCGGCCGCCGGCGACCCCACAGCCCGCGAAUACCGGUGGACCUGGUAGAACGCGGGGCCUCCCCGGGUGCCCCCCGCUAGCUGGUCGUUGCCGGGCGACCCGGCCUGUGGAGAAGCCCGCGGAGCCGCAGCCCUGGCCCUGGCAGGUUCUCUGGGCCCGGCCUGGGCCCCGGGCGCGACUGCCACCCCUGCGCCGGCCCGCCGGCUUCGCAGGCCCUGCACCGCCCAGGCUGGGUUCGAGGCUGUCCGCCCGCCGCCCUCUGUGUCGCUCCGCUGCAGGAAGGCCGAGGCCGAGGGGGCGCCCGGGCCUCGGGGCGGUGCACUGGGAGAGGACGCCGGGGAGGACACGUGGGCCUGCGGCGCGGUGGGGAUUUUAAGGAAACAGAGGAGCAGCUACAGCAAAAUGGGAAGAAGAAAUGAGAACUGUGGCAACAGCCUACGUGUGUCAAACGUCUCUCACGAGAACUUACAUCACUGGAAUUUGGAUUCAGAAGUACCUGCUCCUGAACAUAAAAGCCUCGCAGCUGGAAGGAUAGUGCAGCAGAACUAUUUGGAAAUUCCAGUAGACCAACUGAUGCUAGAACCUAAUUUGUCGGUGCAUACUCAAAAAAGCAUACAGAAUAGUAGGCAAGGGGUAUUUCAAUUAUGGAACUGUCCUCUUGAUGAAGGAAGUACCAUAGAGAACAGGGAAUUCAAAAAAUCUUCCAUGGAAACUGGCUUUAAUGUAACCAAUAAUCGUAUAAGGGUCUUCACUCCGAAUCACUCAUUAACAAGUGCUUCAGUUGAUAAGCAAGUUGGUCCUUACCCUGGACUGCCAGGGCCAUUAGGUGUCUGCUGGUCUUAUGCUGAUGGAGACUUUUUUAAGAACAGAAAUGAGAUUCAUAUUAGUUCAUGUUCAACUAUAGGAAACAACGAUGGUGAAACUUUACCUGCUCCAAAUUGGAAUUUGAAACAUGGAAACAGCAGUGUGGAAGAAAAUUUAACAGAUGAAAGUGAUUUAUCAGAAAAUGAGAAAGCAAAUGAUACUUUACUCAGCUAUUUUGAAAAGAUGGACCUCAACUUGAAACCAGAAACAAUAGAAAAUGUUGAAGAACCUUUCACUGAGGAGCCAAAUGAAGUAUUUCCAUAUCCUGAUUUUCUCCCUCCUCCUUUCAGUACUCUAGACUUGCACAAUUUAGCCCUUUCAAAAUCUGAAAAUUGGAAAGCGACAGUGGAACCUGCAGAAAGCUCUCUUGAACACUUGAUAACUCGUUUACUGGAACUGGAAAGAUUACAACAUAUGACUAUCCAAAAAGAGAGGCCCAGACUACAAACUACUCUCUGUACUCCAGCAGUUACUGAACGACCCUUUUCCUCCAAAGUUACACCAAAAGUGAGACAGCCAAAACCCUGUGAUUCUUUGAGUCUUCAGAUACCUUGUGUGGCUAAAAGUCAAGAAAAAAGAAAAAACAAUUCUGGUUCUUGCAAGCUUGAGCAGAAUUCUUUAAAAUGGAAUUGGAGCAAUGCUGGCAAACACAGAUGGCAUUCUAGACCAUCAUCUCUAAAAAGUUCUUCCACCACAAAACAAUUGAUUGCAACUUAUGAUGAUAAGAAUCCCAAAAGUUCUAUUUUAAAUCCAUGCCAAGAACUCUCAUCCAAGCCUACUGCUGGCCAGACAACUCAAUCGCCUACUGCUGGCCAGACAACUCAAUCACUGGUUAAAAGGGUCUCCACAAGACGUCUGCCAUCGAGGUCUCCAAUGCCAGUUUCACCUAUACUUCUGUCUUUUCCCGAAAAUCAGAAGGAAAUUAAGGCACCGAAGAGAAACUUUGGAACCAAAAAGAAACUUUACCGACAAAAUAUAGUGUUGAAUAGACCAUUCUAUAUUCAGAAGCUAAACUGUUGGUCGCCUUCCUUUAUUGCUAAGGAUCAGUGCUCACCCACUGACCAGAAAUAACUCUUUUCUUUCAUAUAUCUCAAUGUGAAGAGAUCUAUUCUAAGAAGCCCAACUAAGAUAUGGUUAAUUAUUUCAAGACACAGGUAUUAUUUUAAAAAAAUCAAACCAAACAGUUGCUUGAUGUGCUAUGGAGUGCAACUGAUGAAAAGCACUGCUGGGAUGUCUAUAUAUAAACCCACAGGCUUCUAUAUUGAUACAUUUGACAAUCUUUUGCAAUUUGUGUUUCAAAGAAAUGGUUCAUUUAGUAGACUAUUCUAUUCAAAAGGCUAUUCUUUUUAUCAGUGAUCGUUUUCCAGUACAAUUCCAUCAAUAAAUGGCAUAAUCGACUUA